UCUCCCUCUCUCUCUCCCUCUCUCUCACUCCCUCUCUCUAUUUUUAACAGUUGUUCAAGGAUUGAUUCAUUUUCGAUCAGUCCACCUGUUUUUAACUUUGCAUUCUAGGUUUUUGUGGGUAUGGAAGGAUCGGUCCAGAGAUAUGUCUGAAUCAGCAGUUAAAGAUUGAUCAACUGAUCAAAAAUCUGGAAGGAGGAUCAAAGCAUCUUCUUCAUCAUCAAUGCGAAAUGCAACUGUAAAAAAAAAUCUACAAUAUUGGGAAGUGUUUUACAUGAAGGAGCAAGAGUAGCCAUGACAGAGAGAUUAUUUAUCCAUGAAGAAAAAAAUGAUGGAAGCAAGCAGGAGGAAACAGAAAACACCUCCUUUGACUUGAAUGAAGAAUCCAACUCCCCAGAGGAUGACGCUGCAGCUGAAGCUGAAGUGAGCAUGGAGGAUGAUGAAGGAGAAAGAGAAGGGAGUUCAGCAAAUAAUAAUAAUGUCUCUGCUGGGGAAAAACGUGGAGGGAAAAACUCAGUUAGGCAGUAUGUUCGAUCAAAAAUGCCUCGACUCCGGUGGACUCCUGACCUCCAUCUCUCUUUUGUGCAUGCUGUUGAGAGGCUUGGUGGACAGGCCAGAGCGACUCCAAAGCUGGUUCUUGAGUUGAUGAAUGUGAAAGGACUUAGCAUUGCCCAUGUAAAGAGCCACUUGCAGAUGUAUCGAAGUAAAAGGCUUGAUGAAUCAGGACAAGUAUUAUGUAAAACAUAUAGACGAAUGGGAGGAAGAGACCGAGAUCGUGAUUGCUCUCCUGGAAUUUUGUUCAGACCAACUGGUUCUUGCCGACAUUUCAGCAUGGAGAAGAGUGGAAUGGAGCAAGCUUGGAACCCUGGUGAGUGCAGUCGUAGUUACAAUCUUUUGCGGUGCACCCUCUCUCAACAACAAUAUGAUUUCAGAGCUAACUCUUCAAGGCGGCAACAGUAUGCUUCCACUCAUUACUAUAAUGCGUUAAGAUCAAGUACUAGUGCACUACAGAGCAAACAAUAUUUCGGACAAGGCAACGGGUUGGUUGAAAGGAUGAUUUUCCAUACUCAAAACAGGCCAUCAACUUCAAACCCGAAUCAUGUUUUGGAGGCAAUUGCACAAAAUAGACCCACUAGACCUAGCAGAUUUCUUGAAGAAAAGAAGUGGCCUCCACGGGAAUUGAUUGGAAAUCCGUGGAGGGAGAAAACCAGGACUAAUGCUGCCUCCCAAUCUCUAGUGCAUCAAAUUUGUACUACUCCAAGGUCUGUUGGAGCAACGCUAACAUACAGCAAGCAGCCGUCUGUAUGGAGCCCUGCAAAUGAGGAAAGACUUGGGCAAUUUCAAUCACACUUGCAUUAUCCUAAAAUCAUCUCCAGUAUCUCCACACCACAAUUUGAGCCGCCAUUUCGGCUUGAGUCGAAUCAGGAGAAGAGAUUGAAGGAGGAGGAAUGGUUGCCUGAUUUGCAACUGAGACUGAGCCAAAGAAGUGCAAAUGAGGAGGACUCCCACCACAAAACCAAGUAUGAAAUGAAUACCAUGCUUUCUUUGUCUCCGUAUUCCUCAAGGCAGCAAGAACAACCUACUGAGAAACAAAAAGAAGAAACUCAAACAAAAGCCUGGCCUUCACAAACAACCACCGGCAAGGCUGAUUUGAGCUUGAGUAUUUAGAAUAUUUGACCAUAUCUAGAAAGCAUAGAAGUGAACUUUCAAGUAAUUGUCUUCUUAAUCCCUUUUGUUGGAAUAAAAUUAGUUUAGCAUAGUGGUAAAACCGGCCAUACAGUUUACAUAGGGUAGAUUCACAUGCUAUGUACAUUGAAAUACAUGCUUAAAUAUGACUCAAUUUGAUAGGUA